AUGGAAAUCAUCCGAGCUCACAUCCUCGACCUUAUGUCCGAAGUACCGCCAUCACGUACCAGUCCAUGUACAGUCAUGGGGCACUUGGGAACAUCUCCGCACUUGUGCGCAGCACUUUCCACAGAACCACACAUCGAUAUUGCCUCUUGA